AUGAAAUUCGGCCAAGAGAUUCAAGAAAAGCUCACUUCUGAAUGGAGGUCGGAAUAUGUCGACUACAACAAGCUCAAAAGAAUCAUCACGAGGCUAGAAGAUGGAGGAGAAAAUGAUGUCAAGUUUAAAAUUAUGAAGUCGAUGAUUUCCGCGGAUUUUCUGAAUAGAGAAAAAGAGAGACUUUCUUUGGAGUUUUUUGAGUUACAGGACAUGGAGAUUGAGAAAGUCAACUUGUUCUUCAAUGAAAAGAUCAGUUACGCAAAUCGUCAGCUUGCAGACAUUUCUCGAAAUUGCGAAGACUCAGAUUUAAUGACACGGAAGGAGACAAAGAAUUUGAAAGACGCGAUCUGCGAGUUUUACUUGUUCAUUCAAAAAUUGAAGACUUUUCAAGAGCUCAACUAUACAGCUUUCCGAAAAAUCAACAAGAAGCACGACAAAAUCAUGUCUUCUUCUGAAGGCGCUCAAUUCAUGGCCGACAAUAUCGAAAAUGCUCGUUUCAACAUUCGGUCUUUGACGCUCAGUAUCACUCGUCAUCUAGAAUCGCUCAUGACACGACUUGAAGGAGGAGAUUCGAAACAAGCCAUGAAUAAGCUCCGCGUCCCCCCAAUUACGGAUAUAGUUCAUGGAAAAACAAACGAGUAUCUCUACAUUUUGGGAGCGCUCACUGGCUGUUCAUUGGUUUUCCUGUUGGCGAAUGUGUUCUUGUUUUAUAUCAACAGAGCUGAUUUUGAUUUUGACGAUAAUUUGGACACGAUCAUUCUUCUUUUUCGGCCGACUCUCUUAGUCGCCAUUUUCAUUAUUUUCUUCGCUUUGAACAUGUAUGGCUGGGCAGCAGCAGGAGUGAACAGUGUCUUGAUCUUCGAAAUAAACCCUCGAGACCGACUGAGUGCCGUUCAAAUGGGCUGCGUUGGAUUCGGCCUUCUUCUUUUAUGGUUAAUUUUUCUUUUCAUCUUUCUCCUGCUCUCUUCGAACAUCCUUUCAAUACCAUACGGCCCUCAUGUUAAUUACAUCCCGAUUUCUCUUGAUCUUCUAUGUCUUCUUUUUGUUUCUACGCCACUGAAAGGAACGCAUCUUUGGACGACGCAAAAGUUUUUCUGGAAACUGCUUGUUCGGGAAGUCAAAGCAGGCUUCAUUCAAGUGGCUUUUGUCGAUUUCUGGUUCGCCGAUCAACUCAACUCUCUUGGACAAGUCUUUUUGGACUUCGAAAGGACUGUUUGCUUGAUUUCAACUGAGCGAAUCCCUCUUAAUUUUACUCCUGACCCAGAAACGAUCAAUAAGACAGAUCAACUCUCGUGCAAUUCAACGCCCUCAAAUUCAACAACCUUGAUGAACGACCCCUGCUCUCCCGAAAGCAUCGACUACGGCUUCCGCUUCAUCUUCUGGAUCCUGCCCGCUUACAUCCGCUUCGCCCAAUGCAUUCGCCGAGCAAUGGACAGUCCAAAGCGAAAAUGGCAUCAUCUUCAAAACGCAGCGAAAUAUUCGACAUCAUUUAUCAAAGUUGCUUUUUCUUUCAUUCUUUAUAACAGAAGAAGUUCCGCUUCUUUUGGCUUCUGGGUGCUCGCAUAUGUUAUUGGCUCGAUUUUUACGCUUUUUUGGGAUUUGAAAAUGGAUUGGGGACUUUUGCAUUUUGAAAAAAAACAACUUUUGCGGGACGAACUGAUCUACGGCCACGGAGAAAGCAACUGGAUUUACUACCUUGCUAUUCUUCAGGACAUUCUCUUCCGCUUUGCUUGGAUUGCGAAAUAUUUCAUCGCUCAAGCGUGUCCAGGCUUUUCUCAAGUUUGGCAGUCAUUAUUCGCGUUUAUCGAGCUUUUGCGAAGAUUUAUCUGGAAUUUCUUUCGACUUGAAAACGAGCAUCUCAACAAUUGUGGUGAAUUCAGAGCAGUUAGGGAAAUUUCGCUCGUGCUCAUCAAGUUUGUUUAUCCUUAA